GCAGAGAGACCCCAAGAGAGCGAGAGAAGGAGCGCAGCUGGAUUACCCACAAUUCUCCCUCCGCAGCCCCUGCAAAGAGGUGGAGGUUAGGGUUAGCUCCCCACCCACAGGCGGCAGCAGCAGCAGCAGCAGCUGGGAGGGAAGCAAGAAGGCAGAGGCGACGGGGAAGGAAUGUAGCGGCGGCGGCGGCUUUCGCGCUUGGAGAGCGUCUGUUUGCGCAAGCUGCUGCGGUUCUCCUUAAAGCUCCGUCUCGCCUCUCUCUCUCACACACACCUCAGCGUAGGCAACGCCACGGCCACGCGCCCCUCCCGUUUCCUCCCUGGACAGCUAAACGCCGCGCGCGCCUCUCAACCCGUCUCUCUCCAUUCCUCCUCGGCGCUGCCUCCGGAGAACAUGGCACCGAGUCGCGCUUUGGCGCUCUCGCCUUCGCCGCCCGCAGCCUUUCGCUGAGUCGAAAUCUGCUGCUGCGGUUGCUUCCUUGGGCCUGCCGCUCCCUUGAGCACAGGCGGGUCUCUCGCCUUCCCUUCCCUCCCUCCCUCCCUCCUUUCUCUCCCGCCUUUUCCAGGACGGAGGAGCCUCGUCAACAAGGAAGAUGCCCGCGCCCAGGCGCCAGAGAAGGCGCAGGCUGAGGGGACUUUGAGGCGGCUGCCGGGAGCGCGCGAGAGAGAGAAGAGAGGGGAGGCAGGAAAAAAAAGGAUUAGGAAGCAGCAGCAGCAGCGCCUCAGGUUGAAGGGAAGACGAAAGGGUGGGGGCUGCUCUUCCAGGACUGGGGCAGCCUCUCCCUUCCUCCAUUCCUCUCCUCAGCAUCCUUCGCCAGAGAGAGGUGUCGCUCGCUGCAUGGAGGAGAGCAAGGCGGGCGCCGAGUCCUCGCCUAGCGGAGCGCAGCAGCGGCGGCUGGCAACCUCUCCGCCCUCCCCCCGGGGCCUUGUUUCUCCUUCCACCCCUCGCGCAGGUGCCCGGCUGCAGACGGCGUUGCUGGAGCUCUCUAUGUGAAACCUCUCCUGUGAAAACAAGCUCAAGAUGACCAGCUCAGCCAGGGAACAUCUGCUUUUUGUGCGACGGAGGAAUCCCCAGUUGCGAUACACACUGAGCCCUGAGAACCUCCAGAGUCUGGCAUCUCAGGGCACCAUUCCUGAGAACAUGAACCUUCAGCGUGCUAAUAGUGACACUGACCUAGUGACAUCUGACAGCCGCUCUAGUUUGACUGCAAGCAUGUAUGAAUACACCCUAGGGCAGUCUCAGAACCUCAUCAUUUUCUGGGAUAUUAAAGAAGAAGUGGAUCCCACAGACUGGAUAGGACUUUAUCACAUUGAUGAGAAUUCACCAGCAAACUUCUGGGACUCCAAGAACCGUGGUGUGACCGGAACACAGAAAGGACAAAUUGUAUGGCGAAUUGAACCUGGCCCCUAUUUCAUGGAACCUGAAAUAAAGAUCUGCUUUAAAUACUACCAUGGUAUAAGCGGAGCCCUGCGAGCAACAACUCCAUGUAUCACUGUGAAAAACCCUGCUGUGAUGACGGGGGCAGAGGGUACUGAAGGUGGUUCGGCAAGCCAGCACUCCCGAAAAUUAGUCAGCUUUACACUCUCGGACAUUAGGGCAGUUGGGCUUAAGAAAGGAAUGUUCUUCAACCCUGAUCCUUACUUAAAGAUGUCCAUUCAGCCUGGAAAGAAGAGCACAUUCCCUACAUUUGCUCACCAUGGCCAGGAAAGGCGGUCUACUAUCAUCAGUAACACAACAAAUCCUGUUUGGCACAGAGAGAAAUAUUCUUUUGUAGCACUUCUAACAGACGUCUUGGAAAUAGAAAUCAAAGAUAAAUUUGCGAAGAGUCGGCCGAUCAUCAAGCGUUUUCUUGGGAAGCUUACUAUACCAGUCCAGAGACUAUUGGAAAGGCAUGCAAUAGGAGACCAAAUUCUCAGCUACAACCUUGGCAGAAGGCUUCCAGCUGACCAUGUAAGCGGCUAUCUUCAGUUCAAGGUAGAGAUUACAUCUUCGAUCCAUGAAGAUUCUUCACCGGAAGCUGUGGGGACGCUGCUAGGAGUAAACUCUGUAAAUGGAGAUUUAGGGAGUCCUUCUGACGAUGAAGAUAUGCCUGCUGGGCAUCAUGACCCACCUCCAGUUUGCUCAAACGGCCCGAUCCUUGAGGAAUCAACUGGAGAUGCCAUCACAAGGCAUUCUCUCAGGACUAGUACAACUCUGGAAACGGACCAGGAAGAUCUGACUUCUGCAGCUUCCAGGUCAUCUCCUCCCAGAGGCCGCCAGGACUCCCUGAACGACUACUUGGAUGCAAUAGAGCAAAGUAGUCACUCUAGGACUGGGACGUCCAUUUGCAACGAGCGAACUGUUGGGCCAUCCCCAAAAUUGAGGAGCAGCUUCCCUACCGACACUAGACUUAACGCUAUGCUUCACAUUGACUCCGACGAAGAGGAGCAUGAAUACCACCAAGGUUUGGGGUUUCAGUCAUCACUGGAUGACGACGAUGGUGGCGGGUUAGUCAUGCUGAAUGGUGCUGCCAGGAACGCUGAAGCGACUUGCUUAAACUGUUCGCUGAGCCAGACCGCACAAAGCCAGGGGGCCCUCGAGGAAAGCGAGAGAGCUCCAGAAGAGGAAAUGCCAUUGCAACCUUCUGAUGGCCAGCAGGAGACCUCUGAAGGGCUUCCUGAAGCAGAGCCGCCGGGAGAAGAAACCGAAACCCCUCAAGAGCCUCAGGAUGACGGACCAGUUGAACCGUCUGGCAGUGAAAUUUGUAUCCCCCAAGAGGCAGAGGAGCAGCCUGCCACAGAGAUGGACACAGGAGCUCCUGAAUCUGCUCCUGCAGGCAGAAGAGAAAUUAGGGAGGCUGAAUCUGUCGACCAGGGAUCAGAACCUUCUCAGUUUUCAUCAGAAACUGAGCCGAGCGACGCUGCCCGUACGGAGAGUGUAAGCGAAUCGAGCACCAGGCCGGAGGGAGAAAGUGACGUGGAAGGGGCCGACGGCUCAUGCAACGAAGGCACAACUCCCCGACUGUCGUCUGUCGACACGCAGUGCUCUUCCUUCGAAAGCGCACGGUUUCCUGAGACGCCGGCCUUUUCUCCCCAGGAGGAGGAAGAGGGAGCUUGCGCCAUGGAUGCUGCCAGCAGCGAGCCCGCCCCGGAGACCCAGGAAGUUGUGUGCACUCAGGCCUUUUUGCCCGCAGUGAACAUACCGAGCGCUCCGGAGGAGGGGCAGCUGCCUGAAGCCAGCGGGCUACAGGAUGGAGAUGAGGCCGAGGAGAUCUGGCAGAGGAGGCAGAGCCUGCAGGCCGCAGCUGCACGUGGGCAGCUUCAGGAGGAAGGGGCUGCAGGGGUGCAGGCUGAUUGCGAGGGAGAUGCUGCCCCGGUGGAUGGAGCCACGGGAGGUUCCCAAACUAAUGGGCACCAGCCUCUUAGAACUCUUCCCUCGGUUCGGCAGGACGUUAGUCGCUAUCAGAGAGUGGAUGAGGCCCUGCCACCAAAUUGGGAGGCACGCAUUGACAGCCACGGGAGGAUAUUCUACGUGGACCACGUGAACAGGACGACAACGUGGCAACGUCCCACAGGUCCCCCAGCCCAACAGAUCCUUCAGCGUUCCAACUCCAUACAACAAAUGGAGCAACUGAAUCGCAGGUACCAGAGCAUUCGACGGACAAUGACUAAUGAUAGACCGGAGGAGCAUCCAAAUCCUAUGGAUGGAGCUGGAGAGGAUGCAGACUUCCAGCAGCCUAAUGCAGAUUUCCGAAGGGAGAAUGUGCUGCCUCAUUCUACCUCCAGAUCCAGGCUUACUCUACUGCUACAAUCUCCCCCUGUGAAAUUCCUUAUCAGCCCAGAAUUCUUCUCAGUGCUGCAUUCUAACCCUAGUGCCUACCGCAUGUUUACAAACAAUACGUGUCUGAAGCACAUGAUCACCAAAGUCCGGCGGGAUACCCACCAUUUCGAGCGCUACCAGCAUAAUCGAGAUUUGGUGGGCUUCUUGAAUAUGUUUGCCAACAAGCAGCUCGAGUUGCCGAGGGGCUGGGAAAUGAAGCACGAUCACCAGGGCAAGGCUUUUUUUGUUGACCACAAUUCCCGCACCACGACGUUCAUCGACCCACGGCUUCCUUUGCAGAGCAGCAGGCCGACUAGUGCAUUGGUCCACCGGCAACAUUUGACGAGGCAGCGCAGCCACAGUGCUGGUGAGGUAGGAGAGGAUUCCCGCCAUUCAGGACCUCCUGUUUUGCCGAGGCCAUCAAGCACAUUCAACACAGUUAGCAGGGCUCAAUACCAGGACAUGGUUCCUGUGGCUUACAACGACAAGAUUGUCGCUUUUCUGCGACAGCCCAAUAUCUUUGAAAUUCUGCAGGAGCGGCAACCAGAUCUUACCAGGAAUCAUUCACUCAGGGAGAAGAUCCAGUUUAUUCGGACUGAAGGGACCCCAGGACUCGUGCGCCUGUCCAGUGACGCAGACCUUGUCAUGUUACUAAGUUUGUUUGAAGAGGAAAUAAUGUCGUAUGUACCACCGCAUGCCUUACUUCAUCCCAGUUAUUGCCAGUCCCCACGAGGCUCCCCAGUGUCCUCUCCUCAAAACUCUCCAGGUAAGCCCUGCUAUAACUGCAUUGAUGGUAGAGAGGCAUCCAAAGAGCCUUUCCCAAAGGCAUUUUCUUUAUUAAUUAUCAGGAGAGACCAUUUGCUGGAAGAUGCCUUCAACCAAAUUAUGGGUUAUUCAAGAAAGGACCUGCAAAGAAAUAAACUGUAUGUCACGUUUGUCGGAGAGGAAGGGCUGGACUACAGUGGACCUUCACGGGAGUUUUUCUUCCUGGUAUCUAGAGAACUCUUCAACCCAUAUUACGGCUUGUUUGAAUAUUCAGCCAACGAUACUUACACUGUGCAAAUAAGCCCCAUGUCUGCCUUUGUGGACAAUCACCAUGAAUGGUUCAGGUUUAGUGGUCGAAUCCUGGGUCUUGCUCUAAUACACCAGUAUUUAUUAGAUGCCUUCUUCACACGGCCAUUUUAUAAAGCCCUCCUCAGAAUACUGUGUGACCUGAGUGACUUGGAAUACCUUGAUGAGGAGUUCCACCAGAGUUUGCAGUGGAUGAAAGACAACGAUAUACAUGAUAUCCUAGAUCUCACAUUCACUGUAAAUGAAGAAGUCUUUGGACAGAUUACCGAACGAGAAUUGAAGCCUGGGGGUGCCAACAUCCCAGUGACAGAGAAGAACAAGAAGGAAUAUAUAGAGAGGAUGGUGAAAUGGAGAAUUGAGAGAGGUGUUGUGCAGCAAACAGAGAGUCUAGUGCGUGGCUUUUACGAGGUUGUGGAUGCAAGGCUGGUGUCUGUAUUUGAUGCAAGAGAAUUGGAGCUGGUUAUUGCUGGCACGGCAGAAAUCGACUUAAGUGACUGGAGAAACAACACCGAAUACAGAGGAGGAUAUCACGACAAUCAUAUCGUAAUUCGGUGGUUCUGGGCUGCUGUAGAAAGAUUCAACAAUGAACAGCGACUCAGGCUAUUACAGUUUGUUACAGGCACAUCUAGUAUACCUUAUGAAGGUUUUGCUUCUCUGAGGGGGAGCAAUGGACCGAGAAGAUUCUGUGUAGAAAAAUGGGGGAAGAUCACUGCUUUGCCCAGAGCUCAUACGUGUUUCAAUCGUCUUGAUCUCCCGCCGUACCCAUCAUUUUCCAUGCUGUAUGAGAAGCUGUUGACGGCCGUUGAAGAGACAAGCACAUUUGGACUUGAGUAAAACACAAACCGUAGUGCCCAGCAUCUUGGACCUUUCGUGGGCCGUUCCUCAAAGAUUACGUGAAUGCCUACAUUGCAUUUCCUGGAGGAAAACUUGUUUUACAAUACAGUUUGUGUGGUGGACUGAGUGAGCAAAGCUAGAUUGGGGAGCCUUUACAAGCUCUGAAACAUUCACACAAGUACAUAGCAAGGGAUGAAGUCUGUAGGGGGAUACCUAUAGUUCUCCAAUUGACCUUUCUUUCUUUCUUUCUUUCUUUCUUUCUUUCUUUCUUUCUUUCUUUCUUUCUUUCUUUCUUUCUCCAAACUUUAAUGUUUGGUAUAAUUUAAGAAUAAAGAGACAGGACAACAAGUGUUGAUCAGCAUCAGGGCUACCGCAUAAAUCUUCCCUAUCUCAAAAAAUGGAUUUCACCCAAGUAUUUGAACAGAGUUCAAGACGGCAUACGAAGUUUUUUCCAGCCCACUGCUAAAUAGUAGGAAGUCAAGUGAAGAAAUGCUGGUGUGCGUGGUUUUUAAUAUGAUAGAAGUUAAUUCCCAAUGGUACACUACUUUAUGUCAUAUACAAUACAGUACUAAAAUAUGCUAUACCUGCUUUACCUAAGACUUCGAGUGCCUGCAUGGUGUGCACUGUAAAGAUCAAAUUUUCUGGGGCUUAAUAUGAAGGAAGUUGGCAGCAAGAAUGACUUGCAGUUAGGUAGGUUGUACAAAUGUAUAUGCAAAUAGUGUCUUUGGCAAAAGAUGAGCUCCUGUAAGAGAAAAAUGAUUGAUUUAAUGCUUUAUACUGCAUGAAAAGUGUUCCUUUUUAAAAAAACAACAACAACUAGACUUUACCACAGCAUAUCAGGAAAAAAAACAACCUCUUACACAGUAACUUUUGUUUAUUUUUGUAAAAUCAUGAUAUUGAUUUCCUUAAAUUGUAAAUAAGAAAAUAGAGGACAAAAUACCUUUUUUUUUUAGUUCUUUUCACUUUUCCAUGCUUAAAUAGAUAUCGUUCUUGUGUUUGGUUCUAUAAGCACUCUCAAGGGAUACAUACAUAUAUAAAUAUAAAUAUAAAUAAAUAUAUAUAUAUGCCUUUUAUUUUUAUAAGGGUAAGAUAUUCCCGAAACUAUUUUUUGCACUGAAUGUACCAAAGUCAAAGGGACAUUGUGAUCUGACUGGCAGAAAACUGCAUCACUCGUACAAACCUGUAAGAAGUAGCUGCUUUAAGAAACACAUCUUUCUUCACAGUGCCAUGUCUGUAGAUAAUAUCAGGACUGUGCACAUUAAGUAAUAAUUUUGUAAGGCUCACUACAUGUAUAAUGUGUAAUGUGCAUUUAUUUCAAAUGUAUUUUUAUUUGUUUUGGUUUUUCUUUUUUCAUCCAUUAACUAACUUUAUGGAAUAGUGUUGAAUACAGAUAUUUCGUAUUUUCCCUGCAAACAUUUUUCUUUUGUACAGCACUCUUACAAGCACUACAGAGGAUCUGGAAAAGAAAAGGGGGAAAAACACACACACAAGAUGGUCAGCACCUUAAAAGGACGGACCUUCGCUUAGGAACCUUCACUCACGUUUAGCAGCGAACCAUCUCCAAGAUGUAAACUGUUUCUAGUGUCUUUCUAUGCCUGCAUUUUCACUGAGUAGUUUUCUUAAACAAUGUUUAUUAAAAUGAAGUACUUUUUUCUAUGAUAUAUCUGAAAGCAUGAAUCCACCAUGUCAAACAAGCAUUUAAUUUCGGAAACAUUAAAAGGUUUGAGCCUAUUCCUCGCAAGAAUCUCCCAUGCUGAAGGCCAUUUUCGUGUGUUGCAGUGGGGAGCACGGUAGCCACAGUUUUGCUUUUAGUCCCACGAUCAUUAAGAAGGAAGGCAUUCCACCGAAACAGAAGUUUCUAGGACCUACCAGCCUGGGUGGUACCUAUGGCUCUGCAAGUCCUCGCUGCGAGGCGGACAGACCUCAGACUAGGAGUAACCGCAGAGCUUUCUCCCUCUUCGUGUUGCUGUGUUCUAUGUGUGAGCUCUUCAUAGUUGUCUCUGCUGUGAGAACAAUCUCCUGCUCACCUGAAGCCCAGCAUAGAAAAAGUGAUGGUCAAAAAUGAAGACUAGCCCUUGCACCCUCUCCACUUAGAAGCUUGGUUCUGCUGGGAGUGGAGGUGGCAGCUGGUGAUAACAGAGGUCAUCCUGAAAGACAAAAAAGAUUUUUUUAAAAAAAUAUAUUUAAUUUUCUUAAAAGUUUAGGAAGAGUCUAGGAAGCUCCAGACAUGUAAAUUCAUAACGGGUCCAGAAUUGGCACUGUGUUUCC